AUGACAUCCAAGACGCAACCGCAAAGACAUGAUUCGGACGAUGAAAAUGAAAACGAGGAAACGACCGAGUUGCAACAACCUCGCCGUAGAUCCGAACGUCGUGUGAUAAGAAACCAAGAUCGAGAGUUGAACCUUGCAUCCCGAUUGUUUAGAGGUUCAUCGACUCCUAAAAAGAAAACUAUGUCCAUAUCAAUGAAAAAUGUUCUACUUUGGAAUCCAUCCCCGGACCCGGAAGCUCCAAACCACGCCUUCUAUGAAAAUAUUAUACCAUUUCUCAAUCAUCUCGCUCAAUUAUACGUGAUUCAUCUUGUUUGUCCUGUUGACAGUUCCCAGGAAAGAGAACAAAUUCUUUGUCUUCUUAGAAAUGCUAACCUUUUCAGUUCCAAUGUCAUCGAUGAGCGCAGGGUUCUUUUCUGUGAGACCCAAGAAGGAAAAAUUCACAUCAUUCGACACUUGGAGGCAAAUGUUCACGUUGAAGGCGGAACGAACGGGGAAGAAACUGUGGAGAUGGUCAGAGGAUUUGUGGACAAGGUCAUCUGGUUAAUGCAAGGAGGAAGUAUGGGAAAUGGUGUUUGGGCCGAAGGCAGUGAGAUUAAGUCCAACUUGGACAGGAAUCAAUGGAACAACGUCGAAAUCUGUCGAAACCUCUGGACGAGCAGUCUAAACUUUGAACUUAGGAAUCGAUAG